AUGGCGGACUCCACCAUGAACUCAGUCCACAUGCUGAGGAGCACCAUGGAGAACCUCAGCUCUGCCGACUUCAAGAAGUUCAAGCACCAUUUGAAGGACAAGGGCCAGAUUUCAUGGUCAAAACUUGAGAAUGCUGACCGUGAUGAUAUGGUAGAUUUAAUAGUGGAAACGUACACAAAGGAGCAUUGCUGUCAGACAGUGCAUACAAUUCUGAAAAAGAUGAACCUGAACCAGAAUGCUCAAAACUUGGAGAGGGAACUAACAAGAGAGAACUCUGACAUGGACACAUUCAGCGCAGGCGUAAUUCAUGCAUUAAUUCAUGCAUUAGUUCAUGAGAAUUCAUGUACCCUUAUUAUAAAGUGUUAUUAUUUCCACAUAUAUCUUCCAGAGGAGAGACAUCAUACACACCUGUUCUGUAGUCUGCACAAGAGGAAACUCGAGCUCUUCUGUCAAGAGGAUCAACAGCUUGUGUGUCUUGAGUGUCGAGACUUACACUUGGGUCACAAGUUCAGUCCCAUUAGUGAAGUAGCCACUGAUGUCAAGGAGGAUCUCAGGGUCAAGCUGAAGGAGAAGCUGCGGGCCUCUGAGAAGGCUAAAGGCCAGUGUUAUGAAACAGCUGCUUAUAUCAAGACUCAAACCAAAGACACAGAAAGGCAGAUCAAGGAGAAGUUUGAGAAGCUUCACCAGUUUCUACAAGAUGAAGAGGCAGCCAGGAUAGCUGCACUGAGGGAGGAAGAGGAGCAGAAGAUUCAGAUGAUGAAGGAGAAGAUUGAGAAGAUGAGCAGAGAGAUCUCAUCUCUUUCAGACACAAUCAGAGCCAUAGAAGAGGAGAUGGGAGCUGAUGACAUCACAUUCCUGCAGAACUACAAGAGCACAGUGGAAAGAGCCCAGUGCACACUGCAGGAUCCAGAGAGGGUUUCAGGAGCUCUGAUCAAUGUGGCAAAGCACCUGGGCAACCUGAAGUUCAGAGUCUGGGAGAAGUUGCAGGAGAUUGUUCAAUACGUUCCUGUGAUUCUGGAUCCCAACACUGCAUACCCAAAACUCAUCCUGUCUGAGGAUCUGACCAGUGUAAGACUCAAUAAAGAGAUACAGCAAGAGCUUCCUGAUAACCCAGAGAGAUUUGAUAAGUGGGCCAGUGUCCUGGGCUCUGAAGGCAUUAACUCAGGGACUCACUGCUGGGAUGUGGAUCUUGGACAGAACAGAAGCUGGGCUCUGGGUGUGGCAACAGAGUCGUUCCUGAGGAAGGGAGACUACUUGACCAGGAGUGGACACUGGUGCAUGUGUUACGGCUAUAAGCAGUAUGCAGCACGUGCUCCACCUCUCCCCCUCAGCAGCCUCACAGUGCAGCAGAAACCCCAGAGGAUCAGAGUGCAGCUGGACUGGGACAGAGGAGAGCUGUCCUUCUCUGACCCUGAUAAUAACACACACCUGCACACUCUAAAGGCCAGGUUCAUGGAGAAAGUGUUCCCCUUCUUCUCCACCACCCAUAACCUCAGGAUGUUACCGGUGAAGACAGCAGCAUCAGCAGAGCAGCUCAGUUAGAGUUAAUGCACACCUGCUGCAGGUCUGUGGGGUGUGUGUGUGUGUGUGUGUGUGUGUGUGUGUGUGAGGUGUGUAAUGUAUUGGGAUUGAUGUUGACAUAUGUUAUGUUUUGUAGCCAUAUGUUCAUUUGGUGAGUCUUUGAUGGGGGGGUUCUCGCGAAGCGAGACUAUAGGAGCAACGAGAUGUUCACUUUUGGUUUUGAAUGUGGGAACUCAGAUGAUGUGUA